GCGGCCUCGCAGCGCCCCGCCCGUUCCCCCGCGGCACACGGGAGGCGGCAGAGGCCCCGUGGCUGGGCGCGGAGCGGAAGGUGAGUCCCGGCGGCGAGACCAGAGGGGAGAGGCCACCAGCGUCGCCCGCCGCUCCGGGGCGCCCCGCGGCUAAGCCGACGCCCGCCUCUCCCUAGCGUUUUACCGCGCCGGGUGCGGCCUGCGUGCCACUGACCACCGCCUCGCGCCCGCCCCCAUCUUACCUCUCGCCCCGGCGCCAUUUGAAGUCCGCGCCAAACCGCCGGGAAGGUUUACCGGGAAAAAACGCCGGAGAACAACAGGCGCUACCGUCCCUCUACCCGAUCCGUGGGUAAAAGGUUAACAGGGAUGAAGAUUAGCCGCGAUGAAAAUCUUCUCAAGCUGAUCUCUUUGCUACUUUUGGAAGCUAUACAGCCAUCAGCUACUUGGCUGUUCUGCAUGCUGCUACUGAAGAGUCUAGGAUAUUUUGCAACAAGGUGUUGGAGAACUGCCUCAUAAGUUACACUGAGUUCUUGAAUGCCCAGAGUCCCGACCAGUCUGGCUUUAUGGCCAUUCAAAAUGAAUGAACAUCCUAAAAAGAGGAAAAGGAAGACUCUACAUCCUUCUCGAUAUUCAGAUUCUUCGGGUGCAACCAAAUACAUAGACAACAGUGGCAUUUUUUCUGACCACUGCUAUAGUGUCUGUUCUAUAAAACAGCCAGAUAUAAAGUUUUCUGAAAACAGAGGUAGAUUCCACUGUCCGGCGCAGAGUGUGGACACAGAUGAUGAUGGAAGUCCAGUGCAUGCUGGGACUUCUCAGUGGAGUGGGUCACACCCAAAUGUGGGGUUCCACUAUACAGACCCUAAAAAGAAGGAUAAAGAUAAAGGUACUAAUAAUGGAAUGUGCAGAGACUUAUGUGAUUCACCUAUAUUCAGUGACAGCCCUACAGAUGAAGAGAAACCUCUAGAUAUUCAAACUGUAGAAAUUUCUACAACAGAAGUGAAUGCUGUAGAAGUUCAUGAUAUAGAAACACAAACUGUGUCACCUGAAAAACUAGAAGCUGAGGACCUAGAGGAGAUCCCUCUGGAAACCUGUAAAAUAUUUGAGAAGAACCAGGCUUUGAAUAUCACAGCUCAACAGAAAUGGCCUUUACUGAGAGCCAACAGCAGUGGCUUAUAUAAAUGUGAGCUCUGUGAGUUUAAUAGCAAGUAUUUCUCUGAUUUAAAGCAGCACAUGAUCCUAAAGCAUAAGACAUGUACAGACACUCAUGUCUGUAAAGUUUGUAAAGAAAGCUUCUCCAGCAAAGUGCAGCUCAUUGAACAUGUAAAACUCCACGAGGAGGAUCCAUACAUCUGUAAAUAUUGUGAUUACAAAACAGUGAUAUUUGAGAAUCUGAGUCAGCACAUCGCAGACACUCACUUCAGUGAUCACCUUUAUUGGUGUGAGCAGUGUGACAUGCAGUUCUCCUCAAGCAGUGAGUUGUACCUGCACUUCCAGGAGCACAGCUGUGACGAGCAGUAUUUGUGUCAAUUCUGUGAGCAUGAAACAAAUGACCCGGAAGAUCUGCAUAGCCAUGUGGUGAAUGAACAUGCAUGUCGACUGAUAGAGUUAAGUGACAGCUAUAAUAACAAGGAGCGUGGGCAGUACAGCCUCAUAAACAAAAUCAGUUUUGACAAAUGCAAGAACUUUUUUGUAUGCCAAGUGUGUGGCUUUAGGAGCAGGCUGCAUACCAAUGUCAAUAGACAUGUAGCUAUUGAACACACGAAAAUAUUUCCUCAUGUUUGUGAUGACUGUGGGAAGGGCUUUUCAGGUAUGUUGGAAUAUUGCAAGCAUUUAAGCACUCAUUUAUCUGAAGGGAUUUAUUUGUGUCAAUACUGUGAAUAUUCAACAGGACAGAUUGAAGACCUCAAAACUCAUUUGGAUUUCAGGCAUUCAGCAGAUUUGCCCCAUAAAUGUACUGAUUGUUUAAUGAGGUUUGGAAAUGAAAAAGAUCUCUUAAGUCAUCUUCAGAUACAUGAGACAGUGUAAUUGCUGUCGUUCCCUGUAAUCAGUUUUUUAGAACUGAGAUUAAUUUCUAGUCACUGAAAUGUUAUAUUAAAUACAAUUUUAACAGCA